UUGUUUUUGUUUCGGUGUGUAAAUAGGUACUAUCACGUGAUCUCCUGGGGAGUGCCACUUGUUGUUGCCAGUCUUCCGUUCAGUGAAAAUGCCUACGGACCCGCGGGACCCUGGUGCUGGGUUGCAGGCGAUGUUGAAAACAGUGCCAUAUGGAGGUUUGCGACCUACUACAUUCCUCUGUUUAUUUGCAUCAUUGGACUUUUCAUUGCUUACACAUAUAUCUUUGUCACUCACCGGCGAGAGGUUAAGCGAUGGGAAGGAGUUCACAGCAGGAACAGUGCAGCAGAAGAUGAACAGAGAAAGUUAUGGUUGAACCACAUUAAUUCAUUGAUGGCGUAUCCAUUCAUCUAUCUCGUCCUGUCAUUGGCUCCUUUUAUUCACAGAGUUUACAACGCCAUUUCUUCAGAACCAAGCUUCGUGCUCAUUCUUCUUCAUGUGAUUUCUAUUCCUCUGACAGGUUUGAUUAAUGCCAUUGCAUUUGGAAUUAACAAAGAAACCCUCAGCAGACUGAACUGGAGUGACAUGAAGACGGCUUUUCAGCAGCAUUUUCCCGUCGGGAACAUGAGAAUGGACUCGUCCAUGGGGGAGCAUAGACUUGGAGAACCCACUAAAACGAAUGACUAUCAGAUAUAGCAACCUGUCUUAAACAGGGCGGGGCUAGUGCAAGAAGAGCCUUGCACAAAUAAAUGGCUAUGAGGGGUUCAGAACCUAUUAAGACAAUCGUACUACUCAAGUGGCGCGCAUGGUCUUGUUUUAGAAUUAAAAAGUGUAGCAUAUAAAAUUUUAUUACACUCAGAAGCUUUUUCCUGCUGCUGAACUUAUAGUAUUAACGAGUAGGUAGGCUGGCUGUCAACAUUUAAAAGUCGUUUUCUUUUGUCUUGAAAGGUAAUAGGCCGCCAAAAUUAGACUUGAGACAAAACAACAAGAUUAAUUUCCCGGCCUGGGCAUUCUGUUAUAUAGGCUAUGAUAGAGUAUGGUUUUUCGGAGCAGUUUCGGUGUGAAACUGGGUCGAUAUAGAUUUUGACCAUCUCUUCUGAACCUAGUGUGGUUCGUUCAAGCUGGUCAAGAAUUAGGUAUAAUUCUUAAAAGAUACUUUAAUAAGGCACCACCAGAUUUACCGGGUUGGUGUGAGAAAUGUCCCUAUAUUUAGAUUUUGUAAAAUUUGCAAUGCGCAGUUAUGUAAACUAAUUAUGGCAGGGGCCGAGUGGGAAAUCAAAUUUUCCUGGUGCCUGCGGGAAAAAAAAUAGCAGGUUAUUAAAAUUUCGGAAUUGCUUUGUUGUAAA